AUGGGCAUUGAGCACAGGGCCAGACUUACUGACAACUGGUCCAUUGCAGAAGCAGCACUGGGGAAAGCUGAAGGAAUGGAAGCUCACAUUAUUCUUUCACUGUUCAGCUUCAUGUCCAUGUCAUCCGCGUUCUAUUUCCAUGUAGCAGAAAGAGAGGAGAAAUGCAUCAUAGAGGAUAUUCCUAGUGAUACCUUGAUCACAGGGACUUACAAGGUAGAACAAUGGGACAUAAAGCGUCAAGAUUUCCUUGGCUCUGCUCCUGGUUUAGGGAUGUUUGUGACUGUAACAACUUAUAAUGAUGAGGUGUUAUUGUCAAGGCUGUACGGAUCGCAGGGGGUAUUCACAUUCACUUCAUAUUCGCCUGGAGAGCACAUCAUUUGCUUAGAGUCUAACUCUACAAAUCUCAUCUCCUUUGGUGGUAGUAAGCUGCGGAUCCACUUGGAUAUUCGAAUUGGAGAACAUGACCUUGAUGCAGUAAUUGCUCAAGCAAAGGACAAAGUUAAUGAAGUUAACUACAAACUGGAACAUCUGACAGAGCAAAUUGAGCAAAUCAUCAAAGAACAGAACUAUCAAAGGGAACGUGAAGAAAAUUUCCGAAUGACCAGUGAAGAUACAAACAGCAGUGUUUUAUGGUGGGCUCUUGCUCAGAUGUUAAUCCUUAUCUUGGUUGGAAUUUUCCAAAUGAAGUCCCUUAAAGAUUUCUUUAUAGCUAAAAAGCUGGUUUGAAAUGCAGUUAACAGAGGCAAAUAAACUGUACAAUGAUUU